AUGUCUGUUAAGAAUAUCAUUGUAUUUGGGUCCCAUGGAAAGAUUGGUCAGCAAUUUGUCCGUUUGUUAGCUGAUAAGACAUCUGUUUUCAAAGGAACUGCUGUUGUCAGAAACAAUGAACAAGCAAAAACCAUCAAAUCGAUUACUUCGAAUUCCCCUAAUGUUUCGUUGUUGAACUUUACUUUGGAUAAUGCUAAUGUUGGUGAGAUUGCAUCGGCCAUUAAGGGCCACGAUGCGGUUGUUUUUACUGUUGGGUCGGCAGGGAAGAAUCUUUUGCAGGUGGAUUUGGAUGCAGCAGUAAAGACAUUUGAAGCUAGUGUUGAGGCACAAGUUAAGCGUUUUAUUAUUAUUAGUGCCAUCCAUGCCGACAAUCGUGAAUUUUUCAGCAAUUUAUCCUUGAGAAAUUACUAUAUUGCUAAGCAUUAUGCUGAUCGGGUUUUGGUAAACGAGUUUGGUGGUGAGUUGGAUUACACGAUUUUGAAGCCUACUGAAUUGACUGACGAAGCAGCAACUGGGAAAAUCAGAAUUAUCAAGGGUACUGAUGAAGAUAUUGGUACUAUCACCAGAGCUGAUGUGGCCAAGGUCAUUUAUGAGAUUGUUAAUGACCAGGACACUUUUGGCAAGAGCUACAAUAUUGCUAAUGGGGAUUUAGAUAUUACAGAUAAAAGAAUAUAUAAGAUUGUAUAG